ACGAAGACCCUUCUUUAUUUUUUGAGAAUCUGAAAAUGGCUUUAUCGUAACCCUAGUUUGCUCUCUAAUGAGUUUCGGAUUCUAUUACUGCGGGGACUCCCAUUUUCUUCUUUCUCCUUUCAGCCAGAUAAUUUAUUCUUCGAGAUCAAAGUCUCGUUAGACUCCAUAGCCCUACGCAUCUCUCUAUUUCAGCUUCGGUUAUCUCUAAUCCCAAAUGGGUAAAAAUGAUUUCCUCACUCCAAAAGCUAUCGCCAACAGAAUCAAAGCCAAAGGUCUCCAGAAGCUUCGCUGGUAUUGCCAAAUGUGCCAGAAACAAUGUCGCGAUGAGAAUGGCUUCAAGUGCCAUUGUAUGAGCGAGAGUCACCAACGCCAGAUGCAAAUCUUCGGCGAGAACCCACAUAGAAUUGUCGAUGGAUACUCUGAGGAGUUUGAGAACUCCUUCCUUGACCUCAUGCGGCGGAGUCACCGGUUUUCACGGGUGGCUGCUACAGUUGUCUAUAAUGAGUAUAUCCAUGAUAGGCAUCAUGUGCAUAUGAAUUCAACCCAGUGGCUUACCUUGACCGAGUUUGUUAAGUACUUGGGUCGGACGGGGAAGUGCAAGGUUGAGGAAACGCCAAAGGGAUGGUUUAUUACUUAUAUUGAUAGAGAUUCCGAGACCCUUUUUAAGGAGAAGAUGAAGAAUAAGAGACUUCGAGCGGAUUUAGUUGAGGAGGAGAAGCAAGAGAGAGAAAUUCAAAAGCAGAUUGAGAAGGCCGAGCAAUUCUUGACUACAGUUAAAAAUGGAGGAGAAAGUAAUGAAGUAUCAGAGCCACCAGCUAAGGAAUUGAAGUUGGAGGAUGGGGUUAAGAUUGGGUUCGCUCUUGGUUCGAAAAGUAAUGUUGGGAAGGACAAGGGAGAAAGUUCAAAAAGUAGGUUAGUUUUUGAAGAAAUUGAGGAGAGGGAGAAAAAGUUUGAGAAAAAUAAAGAGAAUGGUCAUGUGGGUAAAAGUGGGAAAUCAGCGUUGGAGGAAUUGAUGAAGGAGGAAGAGAAAGCGAAAGAGAGGAGCAAUCGGAAGGAUUAUUGGGUGUGUGAAGGAGUUAUCGUGAAGGUGAUGAGUAAGGCAUUGGCCUCUAAAGGUUACUAUAAGCAGAAAGGGGUUGUGAGGAAAGUUAUUGAUAAGUAUGUUGGAGAAGUUGAGAUGCUUGAGACUAAGCAUGUUUUGAGAGUUGAUCAGGAAGAACUUGAGACUGUGAUUCCGCAAAUUGGUGGUCUUGUAAGAAUAGUUAAUGGAGCAUAUAGAGGGUCAAAUGCAAGGUUGUUGAAGGUGGAUACUGAGAAGUUUUGCGCAAUGGUACAAAUAGAGAAGGGAAUUUAUGAUGGAAGAGUGCUGAAGGCUGUUGAGUAUGAGGACAUAUGCAAACUUGCCAGUUAAUGGAUACAUUAUAAUUUAGUACCAUGAAACUUCUUAUAGUUUUGCAGAUAUUCUCAUGACUUUUAAUCCUUUCUACAGUCAUCUUGGUGCAUCUUUUAUAAUAUUGUAUCUUUUGAUCUUGAUGGAUUAUUUAGAAACUGUUUAUAGAACCCAAAAAAAAAAAAUUUGAAAAACUCAUCUUAGGAAUUCCAACUUCUUAGAGGUCUUUGUUCUUUAGAUGUAAGCAUUUCUGCUUGUUAAUUUAUGUUGUGCCAUUAAGAUUUUCUUGUUCUUCAAUGCAACUUAAUCAAUUUAAAUCUGACUGUGAAUGAAGUAGGACUGGAAAUAUUUGUAUCCUAGGAUUUCACGAACAGUUGUUGCUUUGCUUUUUGGAUUUCAUGAACAGUUGUUGCUUUGCCUUUUGGAUUUCAUGAACAGUUGUGGCUUUGCUUUUUAA